GCAGAAGGAUUUGUGGCGGAGGGGGACUCGGCAGUGGCGUUGCUGCCGCGGCGGUUUUAAAAGCAGAGCAACCCACCCCCGCACCCCCCCCCCCCCCCCCCCCCCGCGCCCGUGCCCACCUCACCUCGAUUUGCCCAAUCCAAGGUCGCGGUCGCGCGCAUCGAUCUCGCUCGGGGGGAGUUCGGGAUCUCACCUGCGCCCCGUCGAUUUCGACCCCGUCCAUCCACCCCGCGUAGCGCGAGAGAGCGGCGGCGGCGGAGAUGUCCAAGGUCUACACCCUCGAGGAGGUCGCCAAGCACAACUCCAAGGACGACUGCUGGCUCAUCAUCGGCGGCAAGGUGUACGAUGUGACAAAGUUUUUGGAAGACCACCCAGGAGGUGACGAUGUUCUGCUUUCCUCAACUGCCAAGGACGCAACUGAUGAUUUCGAAGAUGUCGGGCACAGCACCACUGCCCGUGCGAUGAUGGAUGAGUACUUGUUGGGUGAAAUCGACUCAUCAACGAUCCCUGCUAGGACGAAGUAUGUUCCCCCCAAGCAACCGCACUACAACCAGGACAAGACCCCAGAGUUCAUUAUCAAGAUCCUCCAGUUCUUGGUUCCCCUGGCAAUCCUGGGCUUGGCUGUUGCUGUUAGGAUCUACACCAAGUCAGAGUCUGCUUAGCUUUGCUGCCCUCGCCCCCUUGGGGAUUAUAAGAGUCCAAACUUGUUGAAUAAGUUAGCAACUUGUUGCUGUUAGGAUCUACACCAAGUCAUGAAUUCGUCGAAUGAUCUGAGCUAUUGUGGGUUAUGUGGUCCUGGAGUGCUUAAAGUAGGAUUGGAAUUAGUCGUACUACACAAUUUGCUAUCUCAGUUGUUGGUAAUCCUGCAUAUUGCUGGUCACUGAUUGUUUCAAAACAGCAGCUGUCAUGUCUACCUUUUUGGUGGUGUUCUGUUGACUGGUCUCAGUUACAA